GUAAGUUGAGUCAUGUGACGUCUUAUAAAUCAAAAUGUCUGCGCCCAUAGAUCACAACAUGUCUACCGAUGAAAAAGAUAUACUAUGUGAGAUUGAAGCAACUGUGACAACUGGAUUUGAGCCAACGGCUAUGGAAGAGGCAGUCGAAAAGUUAAAUGCAGAAGUUACAGUGUCACGAGGUCGAAUCGUUUUGAAGGUCCCAAUAAGCAAAGUGAAAAAGGUUCUAGAACUUGGUUGUGUAGACAAUUGUUAUGUUCUAAUGACCAAAGUUUCAGACUUCAAGUUUUCUGAAGAUGAGCUUGAGAGUAUGGCUCGGCUCAGAGAACUGGUAAAAAGUGUGGACUGGGAGACUGGUUUAAGGGCAUGGAGGGAAGUGUUUACAUUUAAACAACCAAUCAAUUCUAAACCAGAUAUUAUCCCUGAUGUGUUAGGAGAACCACAAUUAUCUUCCAGAAUACACAAACCUAAAAAAGGAGACAACGGAGGGAAGAAGUCAAAGCGACAAAAGAUGAAAGAAAGGAUGGAAAAGAAGAAAGAGGAGAGGAAAAAGUUUGAGGAAAGUAAAAUUUCUUCAGAUAACAAUGUUGUUGAUAAAGAUAGUGUAACCAUGGUAACAGGAUUAGAGGAUAUAAAGAAUUUAGAUAAAACGUCACAAAGACUAGUAAAUUAUAAAGAGGUAGAGACAGUUGAAAAAAAGAUAGAAGACAAUUUACAAGAUGCUCAGACAGCUGAAGAUGCAAAACAAGUUUUAAAUACAGAACCAGUGUCUAAAAAGCCAAAGCUGACAGAAUACAGUCCAGAUAAACCUGCAUUCAGAGUUACUUGUCAUAGGACAGGACUGAAUCAUAGUUUUGAUUCUAUGGGAGCACAGUCAAAUUUCGGUGGUGCUGUUUACAAUUAUUUUAAAUGGAAUGUUUCAAUGAAAGAGUUUGACAUUGAGGUUAUGUUAUAUAUAGAUAGUAACGAUGUGAGAGUUGGUUUGGCUUUAACCAGGCAGAGUUUGCACAGAAGACAUACCAUAGCAUUUGGACCAACAACGCUGAGACCAACAAUAGCUUAUAAUAUGCUCAGGAUGUGUAAAAUACAGCCAGGGGAGAUAAUUUGUGAUCCAAUGUGUGGCAGUGGUGUCAUUCCUAUACAGGCAGCAUUAUACUGGCCGGAAGGUACAUAUUUAGCUGGAGAAAUUGUCAAAAGAGCUAUUGACCGAACAGUAGAGAACGUAGAAUAUGUUAAUAAAUUACAAGCAGAGAAGGAAAAACCAGAUAUUAAAGUACAAACCAUUAAAUGGGAUGCCAGUAAUCUCCCUUUACAGGAUGAAUCAGUUACCGUGUUUAUAACUGAUUUGCCAUUUGGAGUAAGAUUGGGUUCUAAGAAAGAGAACUCUAGUUUAUACCCUAAAGUACUACAUGAGAUGUCAAGAGUGACAAAACUUAAAUCAGGAAGGGUGUGCCUUCUGACCCAGGACAAAAAGGGAAUUAACAAGGCCAUGCAGUUAGUGUCUAAGUACUGGAAAAGAACCAAUGCUGUGGGGAUCAACAUGGGAGGACUAGCAGCCUGUGUGUAUAUGAUGUAUCGUAACAGUGAAGUUUUUGACAAAUCUCAACCUUUAGUGAUCCCUAGCUUUGAUGAGACGUCACCAAGUAAAAAUUACAAGAAGCUUCAGACAUUAAGAGAAGAAAAAGAAUUAUCAUGAAUCUCAAACUGUGCUAAUAUCUCUCACUGGUAAAAAGCAGUGUGAUUCAAAUUACUUUUCCAUGGGAAAGGUUCAAAUGUUCUCUCCUUUUCGGCAGCUAAAUAAAUUCAGACUUACUUAUAAAAAUAAACACAUGUCUCACUU